AAUGUAUAGGGUAUUGCUAGUUAUGAGAUGGAAUAACUACUACUAUGUGUACUUUUGUAUAUUUUGCAGGUUUUUAAUGGAUGAACUUGACAAAAAGGGCGACAAUUUUAGAAGUCUUCCAUUAACAAUAGCUAUUGAAGAGGAAGACAAAUCAUUUGCUUUACCACAGACUUCAAGUCUACCUGCUCUAGGAAGACCCCGCAGUAGUGGUUCAUCUGCUUCAAGUAAAAGACAGGCAAACAUAAAACGUGAGAAAACUGAACGUGAUCCAACUGCACCUAAGAGACCAAGUAAUGCAUUUCUACAGUUUUGCCAAGAGCAGAGAGAUGCUACUACUGCACAGUAUCUUCAGACGGGUAGGCCAUUAGACAAAAAACAGUUAACAAAAGUUCUAGCUGCCCGCUGGAAUGUAUUACCAGAAGAUGAAAAGAAGGUAUACAUUGAAAAAUUUGAGAGAGACAAGGAGCGUUACUCUGAAGAAAGGAAGAUGUAUGAAAAUCGGAAAAUGGAUUGAUUAUUUAUUCCCUAUUGUAUGAGGAUACUAAAUUGUAAAUUUAGAUGAUAAAGAAUUGAGUCUUA